UAGACAGCCGUCAACGCUCUGUUUCCACCCAUAGUUCUUCCCUUCCUAAAUCCGAAAAUAUUGGACAUCCAUCAAGAGCAGUUAUUAUAUCUAUAAAUGAAGACUGUGCAGCCACCUGGAGGAGAACGUGAUGCAGACAGAAAAGACUUCACGUCCUGGGUGUCAGUCUGCCCUGGUGGGCUUUGGGAGGUACAGAGGAAAUGGACUGGAGAGAGGAAGAAGGGUUUUGUGACCCCUGCCCUGGGCUCAGUGUGCAAGGUCAGGGUGCACCUCAAAGGAAGCUCUGAAAAAGAUCCACCAAGGCAGCAUUCUGACAAGACUGAGGAAUCAAGCAGCCUCUCUACAGUGCAGGCUACCUCCUACCCUCGCACUCUAGAGUCUGUGCUGCAGAUUCCCUUGGAGGAGUGGGUCCUGUUGCGGCUUGGGGAAGGCCAGUGUGAUGUCAUAGAGGGAUGUCUGGAGGGUAUGAAAGCUGAGGAGGUGUGCGAGUUUCAAGUGAUGCCUUUUAAUAAGGAUUCCAUGCCCAAGCUUACUGGGACCAGCGCACAGGCAGAGGAUCAAGAAGCCUGCAAAGGGGGAAGUACACCUUACCACUGGGGAAUAUACACAAUAGAGCUCCAUUCUUUUACCCCUGGCAAAGAAUCAUGGGAGAUGACGUCUGGGGAGAAGUGGACAUGGGUUAAGUCCCACAAAGAAAGGGGUGGCCAGAGGUUUGGGACAGGGGACGUGUGGGGGGCAUCAGACAGCUACUGUAAGGCAAUGAAGCUGCUUAUCACCUUAACCGAAAGGAGGAAUGGCGACAAGGGCAUUAAGAAGGACGAUAAAGAGGAAGAGGGGGAUGCAGAAGCAGGUGCUGUAGCUGCUGCGGACUGUGAUGAAGAAGAGCACGGUAGAGAGUUGGCGGCUGCCUCUGAGCAGGGCCACGUCCCCACAGAUGAGGAAUACACAGGCUUGAAAGCGGAGCUCCACUCCAAUCUCUCCCUCUGCCAGCUUAGGCUGAACCAGCCUGCCAAGGCCAGAGCCAGCAGCUUGAAUGCCACCCAGCUGGACCCAACGAGCACCAAGGCCUGGUAUCGACUGGGUCAGGCCAGCCUUCUGGUUGGUGAGCUGCAGGAUGCCCGUAUGGCUUUUGGGAAAGUUCUAGAACUUCAGCCCAACUCAGUGUCUGCCCGUCAGGCUUUGAAACAAGUGAACGUGAAGGAGAAAGAGGUGGACAGCAAGCUAGGCCAAAGAUUAAGCAAGAUGUUCUCCUAAUGUAUUUGUGCUUGGAACUGGGAAUGGCUUGAAGUAUUGUCACUGUGUCACAAUAUGAUUACAUAAUGUAUGUGACAAAGUCUCGCUAAUGCAAAGGUCUUUGUUCCACUUAAGAAGAGUAACACUGGCUUAAUCUUCAUUGCUCCUGAAGAUGACACUGUAAAACAUAGCCAGAUACCUUCUUUUUUUUUUUUUUUACCAUACCAUGACAUGUUAGAGUUUCUUUUAUUGCGGAAUGAAUUCUGACCAACUGUUUCUAGAGGGAAAAUGUACAGGUUUUGACUGUGUAGAGGCCUUAUUGGGAUGUGUGUGUGUGUGUGUGUGUGUGUGUGUGUGGGUGGGUGUGUCUGUCUGGGCGUGGGCGCGCGUGUGUGUGUGUGUGUGUGUGUGUGUGUCUGCGCAUGUGUGUGUAUUUGUAUGUGUGUGUGUAUUUUGCAUAUGGAUGUUGUUCAGGCUUAUUGAAAGCAUCAGUGAUUACAGAAUGUCAAUUAAAGAAUAUUUAUGCCA